AUGUAUGUUUACAAGAACGGUAAAACUAAACCUAAAACCUUCUUCAGGUCUAAACUGUGCGUUUCCUCUCACCAUCUCUCAACAGAGGCGUUGGACAUUUCGGACCCUCAGCUCUGUUACAUCCUGGAUGGGUUCCUGGGUCUCUAUGGUCUCAUCAUCACUGGCAUGUUCAUCAAGGAGAAGUUCUUCAAAAGCAAAGUAAAGGUGGCAGAGGAGAGCCUCUACACUGGUUUGAGAGGUCAGGAGGCUGAUGGAGGCUAUGCCCCGCUCAUGACCGACCCUGAGAGAGGAAGAAACCGCCGAGUUCAGACUGACUCCACGUACACGGGUCUCCAGAAACGGACCGAGGGAACAUAUAAAGAACUUCCUGUUAAAAGAGACCGUCCGAAAAAGAACGAGCAGAUUUACCAGGGUCUGAGUUCAGCCACCAGAGACACCUACGACUCCCUGCAGAUGCAGGAACGUUAA